CGCACCUUUGUCGGCCCGUUUUUGCGGUCUCCAUUGGCCUGGCCUCCGCACACCCCUCCCUCCGGAAGUGCGGACAUUUCACCUGGGCUCGGUGGUCGCCGUUAAGGGGCUCAACCCUGAGACAAUGGUCUGCAUUCCUUGCAUCGUCAUUCCAGUUCUGCUCUGGGUGUACAAAAAAUUCCUGGAGCCGUACAUCUACCCACUGAUUUCUCCAUUUGUUAAUCGCAUGUGGCCUGGAAAAGCUCUACAAGAAUCCAACGAUACCAGCAAAGACAAAGGAGAGUACAAGGGUGCUGACGUAAAUGGAUUACCAACAAAAGGAGCAACAGAAAUCUCUGAUAAAAAGAAAGAGUAAAGGGAUUUUCUCAAAGGAUCUCACUGUUUUAAAAAUGGACCUGAUAAUAGGAAGCACCUUCUUUGUAAUUGUCUCUGACCUUUUUCUCUGAGACCAGAAUUUGGGAUAAAUUAGGUAUUUACCUGAUAUUAAUCAGGAAAUACAUGGUAUUUAUAUUUAAGAUGUAUUUAGUUAUAUUUAAUGACUUUAUUCCUCAGUUCCUUUUUCAUUAAAUUAGCCUUUAUUUCCACUACUGUGUUUUAAUAAUAUGAAUAAAUAGAAGGUUGUGCCAGUAGAUAAUAUUGCUAAAAUCCUUGGGCCUUUAGCUUUCAUUCACAUGAUUUUGAAUGCUGUUUGCCCUAAUUUCUCUGGACUCUUCUAACUUUAGUAGAGUGCAGUUUUACUGUGAAGCAGUGCAGUGCGUAUUGGAAGGGAUAAUGACUUGAAACACAAAGAUGUUACUGUCCAACAAUGGAGUACCCCGUCUGUGAGAGUAGAAGUUAUUAUUUAUUGCUCUGAAGAAGAUAGAAAUGACAGGAAAAUAGGGAAACUUCUUUUUCAUAAAUGUCUAGUCUUUAUUGCAUUCUUUGUAUUCUUACAAAUAAUGUAUUAAAUACACUCAGUUUGCUCAUGA